GCUUUUUGCUUCCCAUCUUCUCCCCGUCGCCGGAGCGCCAAGAAACCAAGAACCUCCUCUUCUCUCCAUCUCCACCGCGCAGAGCCCAAGCGACCGAUGGAGUAGUUCCAUGACGGCCACCACGUGCGGCUGCGCAGCAGCCAGCUCGGCACGUACCUGCACGCCGACAACGAUGGGCUUGGCGUCUCACUCGACCACCGCCGGGCGUUGAUGAACGCGGCGUGGGCGGUGCAUUGGCACCACGACGCGGUGUGGGAGGAUGACUUUCUGCUCCUCUACAGCGCCGCCUACGGGCGCUACCUCGCCGCCACGGACGCGCCGGCGCCGCGCGGCGGCCGCGGGCGCCGCGUCGUGCAGCGCAACCACGACCAUCCGGAGUUCGAGGCAAUGUUUUGGUAUGCCGCCCUGUCAGAAUCCGGGGACGAAGUCUGCCUCCACCACUUCCACGGCGGCAGCCUCCGCGCCAACACGACGUACCCGUACCUCCGCUGGACCAACAGCAUCAGCGUCGACGACACCGGAAAUGUCACCACGAUGAUGCACUGGGUCGUGGAGGACAUCCCCGCCAGGGAGGGCAUGCCUCCCCUUCCACCUCCGACUGGGCUUCCCUUCGCCGCCGCCAUGUGGAGGUGGCGGGUGAUCCAGUACGUGUGGCCGAACGUCGUCGACCGCGGCUCAUUCUUGUUUUGGGGGAGGUCCGUGUUCCACCUGAGGGACGAGCUGGCCAGGCGGCUGGCCAUCGACGUCUCCGACCUCGUCAUGUGCUUCCGCACAGAUGCUGGCCGGGUUACCCCACUCCUCGUCGACCUGCCGAGAAACCACGAGACCCUCGUCAUCUCCGUCGUCAUCGUGGGGACGCCUGGUUAGAUCGAGGCCCUCAACUUCCUACUCUUCUUCCUAGUCUUGAAGUUG